CCGAGCCCCGCCCCAUCCGCUCGCGUCCAGCGUCACCGGAAGCGCAGGGAGGACGCGGCGCCUCCCGGUAUGGCUGCUCCGGCCAAGCGCGCGCGGUCGAGGUCGCCGGUCACCACUGCCUCCCCGGUCCUGAGAGCCACCCCCGCGCCCCUGCCGCUCCCGAAUCCCGGGCGCUGCCAAGUCACUUGCUUCUCCCCGCUGGCGGCGGGACCCAGCGGGGGCGAGCCCGACGGCGAUGCGGUGGCCGGCUUCCUGCGCUGGUGCGCGGGAGUGGGGCUGGAGCUGAGUCCCAAGGUGGCGGUGAGCCGGCAGGGCACGGUGGCCGGCUAUGGCAUGGUGGCGCGGGAGAGUGUGCAGCCGGGGGAGCUGCUGUUCGCAGUGCCGCGUUCGGUGCUUCUGUCUCCCCACACCUGUUCCAUCAGCGGCCUGCUGGAGCGAGAGCGAGGUACGCUGCAGAGCCUGUCGGGAUGGGUGCCGCUGCUACUGGCGCUGCUCCACGAGCUGCAAGCCCCAGCCUCACUCUGGAGCCCCUACUUCGCGCUCUGGCCAGAGCUGGGGCGUUUGGAGCAUCCCAUGUUUUGGCCAGAGGAGGAGCGGCUGCGUCUCCUAAAGGGUACAGGUGUCCCGGAGGCCGUGGAGAAGGACUUGGUGAACAUCCGCAGUGAAUACUAUUCCAUCGUCCUGCCCUUCAUGGAGGCUCACUCCGAUUUCUUCAGCCCCACUGUUCGCUCUCUGGAUCUCUAUCGCCAGCUUGUGGCCCUUGUAAUGGCUUAUAGCUUCCAAGAACCACUGGAGGAAGAGGAUGAUGAAAAGGAGCCCAACUCCCCCUUGAUGGUGCCUGCUGCAGACAUACUAAACCAUAUAGCCAGCCACAAUGCCAAUCUAGAGUACUCUGCAGAUUAUCUCCGGAUGGUAGCUACUCAGCCCAUUCCGAAAGGUCAUGAGAUUUUCAACACAUAUGGGCAGAUGGCUAAUUGGCAACUGAUUCAUAUGUAUGGCUUUGCUGAGCCCUAUCCCGACAACACAGACGACACCGCUGACAUUCAGAUGGUGACAGUCCGAGACGCUGCACUGCAGGGAGCCAAGGAUGAAGCUGAAAGGCAGCUCUUGUGUGAACGCUGGGAUUUCCUGUGUACACUGGAGAUGGUAGGGACAGAGGGAGCCUUUGUGAUUGGUCGUGAGGAGGUAUUGACUGAAGAGGAACUAGCCACCACACUCAAGGUGCUGUGCAUGCCUGCCGAGGAGUUCCAAGGCUAUAAAGUCCAGGCUGGACGGGGAGAGCAAGAAAGAGAAGAGGACGGUUUGAAAAUCACAAACAUUCCCAAGCUCCAAGUAGCAUGGAGACGGCUUCUUCGAGACAGUGUUCUGUUGACUCUACAGACCUAUGCCACAGACUUAAAAACUGAUCAAGAUUUACUUAGUAAUAAGGAGGUCUACGCCAAGCUCAGCUGGCGGGAACAGCAAGCCUUACAAGUCCGCUAUGGUCAAAAGAUGAUCUUACACCAGUUGUUGGAACUCACAAAUGAGCAGCUUCCCUGAAUGACCAGCAGCGAGAACCUUUUAAGCUUGUGUUUUGUUUUCUUUGUUUUUUUUUUUUUUUUUUCCCGAGACAGGGUUUAAGCUUGUGUUUUGUUGCCUGUAAAAGUAGCUGAAGGUAAACUAGGAUUAAUCCAAGGCAAGAGUUACAUGUUGACAUUUUAGGAUUGAGAUUAGCGCAUUUGGGACUCGCUGCCAAUUGUUAAGAGCAUUCUAUUUUUACUAAUGUCUUCAGAUUUUUAAUAAAAUUUAAUAAAUAUGAAUUGAGCCUUUUUGAAGUCAUCUCCUGUAGAGAACUGAAGCAUAGCAGGUGGUUCUGCUGCACUUUCAGUCUGCUUAGCAGUCGAGUUGGUUCUCAGUGUCACAUCCAAGCUUCAUUCAGCAAGGCAAAUUAUAAGUGUUUGUUUCAAACACUACUUAUUCAUACCAAAAAGCCUAAACCUAAACUGAAUUCAUUUAACUACAGAUUUUCUUGCUCCAACAAUUUCUCCCUGUUGAAACAGAAAAGGUAUACAAAAAUUUCCUUAGGCAUGGUUAUAGUAGUAAUCCCAGCCUCCAGGAAGCUGAGGUCAGAGAUAGAUAAUUUGUUCUGCAAAGUAGUAGGGACCUUGACUCUAAAAAAAAAAAAAAGUAAGUAGUAACGGUAAAAUAUGAUCAUUCAACAAGAAGUGAUUAUUAUUUCCUGGGAGACUGGGCUAUCUACUUUGUCCUCACCAGCACUGGCAGCAGCUGCUACUGAGAAAGGCGGUGGACUGCCGUGCAUGCCAUGACUUUAUGGUUAGGGUCUUCACACAUACAAGAAAGCUGAGGUAGGGCCCAGGAACUAAAAGGCUACAAAACAGAACAUGGACCUGUUCUCAGAACACUUAAAAGAUCCUUACAAAAACCAACUGCAUUAGUCCAUCUGACUCUUGUUAUUUAACUAAGUAUGGUGACAGGAAGCCCGAUGAGAGGUGGUUUCCUCUUCAGCUAUGCUCUCCCUUAGGACCAAAAAGCAGGCCCAGCUUCCCUGCGAAAAGGCAAACAAAUCCCGUGGAUCAAUUGUGGACUGUCCUGUGUUCUCAGGCUAUUAGAGUCUAGCAUGCCUACAUUUUUUAACGACUUAAGUUGUUUCUCAAGCUUCACUACCUUUUUUUUAAAGUGUUACAUGAAUGUAAUGUUUUGCUGUUCUUUGGAAUGCACAAGUGUCAGAAGAUUUCUGAGCUACGCUCAAGCCAAGAACAUGCCAUCACUGCUUCUAUUGCAAG